AUGCAGUAUCCAUUGUUUGUUGAUUCAAAUCACACAGCAAACUAUAGAGUAUUUCGACCUGGCUAUCCACAACAGCUAUACAAACAUAUUUUGGAAUAUUAUUUCAAUACCACAACACCUGAUAAAAAGAUUCCAUUGGCUUUGGAUGUUGCAUGUGGCAGUGGUCAGGCAACAGUUGAUUUGAGUAAUUAUUGUGAAAAAGUUAUUGGUAUUGACGGCAGUGAAAAUCAACUGAAACAGGCUCAACAGAAAGAUAAUAUUGAAUAUCAAUGUCAUUAUGCUGAAGACUUGUCAUUUCUUCAAUCAAAUUCAAUCGAUUUAAUCACAGUUGCUACGGCAUUACAUUGGUUCGAUAUUGAAAAUUUUUUUAAGCAAGUUGAUCGUGUAUUGAAACCAAAUGGUGGUGUGUUAAGUAUAUGGAGUCAUGGUUUAGAUAAACCUGCCAAUGAUAAAGCAGCAAAUGUUAAAUUAGAUUUUAUAAAUAAUGAUUUAAAUGGAUGUUGGAAUGAUAGACGAAAAAUAGUUGAAGAACAAUAUUUAUCUAUAUUAGAUUCAUUUCCAUAUCAAGCUACAAGAGUUAAACAUGUAAUUGAUUAUGAAAUUGAAAUGACAAUCGAAAAUUAUAUAAAAUUUACUGAAACAAUGAGUCCAUGUCAAACGUAUAAAGAAAAAAAUGGUGAGGAAAAUUUUAAAAAGUUAUUAAAAACAUUUGCAGAUAAAUUAGUUGAAUGUUACACUGGAACAAAUAAUGACGGAUACAAAACGAAAAUGAUUGUUAAAUGGUCAAUACACUUACAUUUGAUGAAAAAAUUAUAA